GUAGUAAUACCGAACCUCAGUAAUCUGUGCUUGAAAUCAAAUAAUUAUUCUUUUAAUUUUUGUCAAAUUCAUUUUUAUAAUGGGAGCAGAGCAAUCAGCUUUGUUGGUCUGCACACAAACUGGAAAACCGGAGGCGCCCCUAAGGCUCCGCAAUGCUGAGCAAUUCUUUCAACAUUACUUUGAUAAAAUGGCGGAACCUCGAACGGGACCCGUAACAGAAGCUUUAAUGCAUUUAAUAUUGAAUGGAUCCGAAAAUUCUUUGGAGGGAAAGGAGUUGAGUUGCUGGACUAAACUAAUAGAGCAAGACUCAGGAUGUGAUAAUUACGAGCUAGAAAUGCAGGAAUUGAAAGAGACAAGUGAUGAUGAACAAGAUACGACAUUUCAAAAUGAGGAAGCAGUUGAUGAUUUAUUCGAAGGUGAUAUUAGCAUAAAGUCCACUUUCACUAAAAAUAAUCAGCGUAGUGGUGCUAAUAGUAAGUUUGAUCUGAUUUCACUGCAGAUUGACGACCUGCAACCACUUGGGUUGCUUAGUAUGGAUGAUCCUAAUCAGGAGUUUAUAAAACGAGUGGUCGAUUUAAGUAACGAGAAUAUUUAAGGCAGACACAGAAAGAGGAUUUAUAUAAUUUUACAUAAAUCUAAACUUUAUGUACAAGAAAAUGUA